GUCCCGGCCGCCGCAGCGGCUGCAGCGCCGGCGGAACCCGCCGUGCCCUCCCGCCGCCUCGCCCGCACGGAGCGCGGGUUGUGCAACCUGGGAAAUGUUAUUGCUAUUUAACUAACUUCAGAAAGUGUAUUCUGGACUGAAUUGACCAGACCUCCCAUUCUAUGCAAGCAUCUCCUGCUGGUGACCAGGUUUCUUAGCAAGAGCAGACAGAGCUCAUCCUUCCACCAUGCCUGUGCCUCCCCCUCCAGCUCCCCCUCCACCCCCAACACUGGCCUUGGCAAAUACUGAAAAGCCAUCCCUAAGCAAGUCAGAACAGGCAGGGCGAAAUGCUCUAUUAUCUGAUAUUACCAAAGGAAAAAAGCUCAAGAAGACUGUUACUAAUGACAGAAGUGCUCCAAUCCUAGACGUGCCCAGCGCGCCCCGGCCCAUCGCCUCCAGCCUGCACAACCGGGGCUCGCCGCCGGUGCCCGGGCUGAGCCGGCAGCCCAGCCUGGGGCCCUCGCCCCCGCCCUUCCCGGGCAGCCGGGCCGCGGGGUCGGCCGCGCCCCUCCGGCAGCCGGGCCCCGGCGCGCCGUCCCCCUUCUCGGGCCGGCCGCCGCUGCCGCCCACCCCGGGCCGGCCGGCCGAGGACAAACCGCCGCCCCCGCCGCCGCCCCCCGCCGGGCACCGGCCGCCCGCCGCCCGGGAGGCGUCUCUGCCCCCGCCGCCGCCGCAGAACAGCAAGCCGCCCGUGCCCGCCGCCCCCCGGCCCGCCCUCGGCGCCCCGGCGCCCCCGCUGCCCCCCAGCAGGCCGGGACCGCCCCCGGUGCCGCCCGCCCCCGCCGGCGGCGACGAGAUGCCGCGGCUGCCGCAGAGGAACCUCUCGCUGGGGUCGUGCCCGGCGCCCGGCGGGGGCCGCUCCGGACCGCUGCCCCCGCCGCCCGGAGAGAGACCGCCGCCGCCCGUCAGAGACCCGCCCGGCCGCUCAGGCCCGCUCCCACCGCCUCCCCCCAUCAGCAGGAACGGAAGCACCUCGCGGGCUCUGCCCAGCGCCCCGCAGCUGCCGUCCCGGGCAGGCCUGGACAGCCCGAGGGCUGGGCCGCGGCCUCCGCUGCCCCCCGACCGGCCCGGCUCCGCAGCGCCGCCGCCGCCACCGCCGCCCUCGGCAGCUGUCAGAAACGGCUUCCAGGAUCCCGGUGACGAUGAAUGGGAAAGCAGAUUUUCUUUUCAUCCGAUAUCUGAUUUGCCACCUCCAGAGCCAUAUGUACCCAUGAACAGAAGUUAUCCCAGUAAACUAGCAAGAAAUGACAGUAGAGGUGGUUCUGUCCGAAAAGAAAGAGGUGCCCCCCCGCUCCCGCCUAUCCCAAGGUGAAAUGGGUUCUGGCCCAUCUUUGGGUGACAUCUGCUCUCAAGUUUCCUUCAAGUCAGCUCUCCUGUCCACAUGACUGGAAAGUUGUCUGUUCUGAUUGAUUUCCACUUUUGGCUUGUCAGCUGGAACAAACUUCAGUCUAUUACAGAAGUAAUAGAUGUGGCUUAUGGACUAUAGUUGCUCAAAGCUCUGACUUUUAUUUGCUUAAACUGCAGGCAUUUUGUGGACCCUACAGAAUGUAGGUGCAUCAUGCUUACCAUGUCCAACCCUGUCCCCUGGAGAGCUCCGUGGGAAGUCUGGCUUUGAAUUUGAUAGAGCUUGAACAAAGCUGUUUCAUUCACUUUGGGUACAGUAGUUGUAUUAUUUUAAUGAUAAAGUAUUUGAUGCUUAAAAAAACAGUUGCUGGGUAAAAAGUGUAGCCAAGAGUCCCCUGGAUCCUUCUUUGCAUGCCUAACUCAGCCUAUCUGCUUCUGCAAGCCAUAGACCUACUACAUGGUGACAAAGAGUUCAUCUUUAACUUUUUUACUUCAGCUUAGUCAAGCAAAUCUUAAACAAUGCACAACACAUCCUGCCUCAAGGAUGGAGUAUCCCUGGCCUUGUUUUUAUCUUCAGAGAAUCUUCCAAAGAAAAGCACAAGUGAAGAAUUCAUCAGCAUAAAAAUAUAUUUUUUUAACCCUCUUUCCUAUUUUUUAAUAGUGUUAUGUGUUCUGUGACCUAAUUCUGUCCUACUCUUAUGUGGACCAACCCACAUCCUGUCAUCUGUGCCUUGGAUUGCUGUAACACCCUCUGCCUGAUAGCGCAUGUGAGGAGUCCUCAGAAGGCAGUCUGAGUGCAAACACAGCAAUUAUUGUAGCUACAGGCUCCUCCUGUAAAGCAUCACUAGUGCCAGUGCUCCACAGACUGCUUCCCAGUUGUUUCUUUGGUACAACUAAAUGAUGGGGUUUGACUUAAAAAGCUUCUUGGCACUUAGGUGACGAGUCUCAGAGAGCUUGUGUUUGAUUUCCAUUAUGGUAGAGCAGCCAAGGUCAAAAAUGUUCCUCAGUGAAAGCCCUUUGAUGUUGUGAGAGGGGUUUGGGGGUUGUACAUUCAAGUGGGAGCAUCCAAAAUUUGCUGUCUGCAUUGGUUCAAGAGAAAUGGAAAGAUUUGGCUAUGAAGCUUGUCCUUUCAAACUUUGCUGAAAGGAAUCUCUACAGAGAGCUGCAAGACUUACGAUAGAAGAAAGAGUAAAGUAUUCUAACAUUGUGGCAAGUGGUUAAUAUGUUUAAUGGCUUUUGAAUUUUGUGUAUAGAAAAGAGCUCAUUGUAUGAGUGUAUUUUACAAGUGGGUCUAAGUGUGUAUAAAAUGCCUUUGGAAAUUAGAGGAAGAUUAUAAUUCUGGGUUUGACAUAUUGGUGGUCAAUGAUAGCUCUUUAUUAAUUGGACCUCUGAAAAAUAUCCUCUCAGUCUCAUCAGCAGUAUGUUUCUUCAGUGUUUUCCUUGGGAUCCCUACCAAGCCUGUGUCAGCAGCUGUGCUUCACAGGGUGUUGCUCAAAAAAACCCAAAAUAAAACAUAGAAACUAGUCAUGUAGGUUAAGAAAAUGUUUCUCUAGCAUGGGAGAUAUCCUAAGUACACUCUGUGGUUAGAAUGAGGUCAGUCCUUGAAAAUCUGGGGAAUGUAGCCAAAGAGAGUCUGGACCCUGCUGAAAGGUCUGUGAAUAGGGCUUUUUGCUCUGUCUGUGAGCAGGGAGGGGCAGAUCUGCUUUCUGCCUGGCAAUCACAUUGAAGGAGAUGAGACUAGAGUUGGAUUUGGCCAGAUCAAAUUUAAUUUGGUCUUUUCAGUGUUUGUUUACAGAAUCUUGUUAGCUGUGACAGCAUUUUUACGGCAUGUUUUUUACAUUUUUGUAUCUAGUGACCUAUUUGUAGUUACUGUUUGUGGUCGUGAACCUGCAAUGAAAUGCGCAGGCGCAGGGAUGUAGCUGCAUCCAAUUGCAGGAUCGUGGCUGUAGAGUUCCUUAAACAGAUACUGGUGGGACCUCCGUGUGACAGGUGCACCUUGGGAUCAAACCUGGCACAAUGCUGAAUUUGUGUAUGUAUUUUAUGGAUGUCACUUCAAAUGCCUGUCUCUUUGGGAAACUAUUUUGUGAAUAGAAGUCCAAAUAAGAUUUUUAGGCUAAUAACUUAAAGGAUAAAUUAUUGUAUUCAUAUUUUAAAACAGAAGCACUUAAUACUUUUAUAAGGAACAACAGUUUGAAUUUAAGAAUACAAUAUUUUCAGUGCCUUGACUUGCCAAAUCUUUGUUAAUAUCUAAAUAGCUAUGUAGCCAAAAAAAACCCCAGCCCUCCAGAAAUUAUAUUUUUUUAUAACUUACCUGCUUCCAACAUAACUGUUUUACUUUGGUAAGUCAAUGAAAAUGCUGCCCAAUGUUCUUCCAAUACUCUGUAUAACUCAAAAUAUCCUGUAUUUGAUCAUUUCAGCAAGGUUUUUUGACCAGAAAUCUGGACUACUACCAAAGACUUGGAAAACCAGCUUCAGUUUCACUUUAAAAUGUGCUAUGUAAAAGGCCCCAGGUUAACAAGCCAAGAAUCCUGAGCUGCUUAGGUUUUAGAAAUUAUUUUUUACUCUAGAAAACUCUUCAGAAUAGAUGUUUGGCGUACAUGUAAAAUAGCUUAAUACUGCAGAAAGGAGCAUUUUUUUUCACAUAACAGCAUUUCCACUUAUAUGUUUUGCUGUAAAAGUCCCUAGAUAUAUUCCAGAACAAUGCAGCAUUUUAUCAUUCAAUAUAUUGCUUCCUGUAGCAGUAGCUAUUUACAAUAUGAUCAGUAUUAAAGUAUUUAUUUCACUAUGAAGUGUUAAAAAAGAAUAAUACAAAACAGGUUGAAUCAAUGGUGCCUUAUGAAUUUUUUAGUCAAUUUUUCUGUGUCUCAGUAGAAGAAUUAAUAGACAUUGCUCUUCCAGGUCCUAAGUACACAGUGCUGACAGUAGCAUUUUACAGUGUUUGAGCCAAGCCCUGCUGUGGUUGUGUGCUCAAUCUGCCAACUCCAGGUGGAGCUCAGUGCGUGGAGAGGCCACUGGAUCAGUGUGCAGGUGAGGUGUAUGUGGGCACUGGGUGGCUUCACAAUCAGUUGUUGGUAUUGCUCUCAAAAUUCAGACCUGUCCCAAAACCAGUGUCUGAUGCUGCUGUCCACGCAGCCCAGCUGACUUCAGUCAGUGUGGUUGCAGAGGUUACAGAAGUAAAUUGGAUUCACUGCUUGCAUCUAAGAUUUGCUGGGUUUGUUUCAAUGGCAUUGUAUUAUAAACCCUCACACCUCAACCUGUCUUAUGUUACCACUGAGGCUUGCACUGUGUGACAACAGCCAUGGAUGUUUGUUUUUGUUUCAUUCAACUCCAUAAAUAAAAUUAGAAUAACUUUUGUACCAUGUAAAAAUAAUUUCUGCUCUAUAUUUUUGGAAGAAAAGCAUGUGUUAUGUUUGUUAUGACUUUCUGCACCAGCCACUGGGAGAAGAGGGUCACAGUGAUGAAUGUUCAGAGUUGUUAAAGGAAACUCAGCUUGUGAUUCAGGAAGUGUCUAUUUCUAAAAAUGAAAUAAAUAACAU